UAUUUUUUUUGGAGUGUUGUGUGGCAAGAUACCACCAAAAGGGUGUAAUUUUUGCCUAAGAGUGUAGCUCACGAUCGUCUACUAAUCCACGCUGUCGUCUGCAUGAUCCCGGCAUGCUCUGCAUGGAACACUACUGACGUCAUACACAAUAUGGCCUGUAACUGAGGAGGAGGUAGAGUGUUCCAGGCAAUUAAAUUUGCAAAAAAUCGGUGCAACUCUCAAACCUGCUUUUUUUGAGGACAUAACGGAAGUGUUCAGAGGAACGUGCCCAGCGAAUAUCAUAGACAUCCGUUUACAUCGGAAAACCGCUGGCGUUGCCCUUAAGGCACCUUUAUCCACCUUAAUUUGCCCUAAUCCACUUUAAUCUUCUCUCAUCCACCUUAAACCAAUCAACUUUGCUAAUAAUUAAUAACCUCUUGUACACGGCUGGACAUGCUUUGGUUCGCUUCCGGCCUUCCUUGGGCCACGUGAUAUUUUCUGUCCCUCACAGCGGGACCUUGAAACAGAGAUCUACGGAUUUCGCCUUAAUAAGGAGGAAACUUACGACCGCUAAGAAGGCCGAAUGUUGUCACGUGCCCGAACGCAAAUGCUUCACGUGCAUAAGGAAUGCCAAGACUUUCAUAUGACCAGGCGUUCGUUUUUUAUUGCUCCUUCUGUACUUCAUUUUAGUAUUCAUGCACAAAAAGAGUCAACGAGAUUAACGGGACGCAAUUGCGGGAGCCGAAAAGACGUCAUACAGGGCAAUUACGCGGUGUCCAAACUAUGUAUAUGACGUGUUUUCGGCUGAUAAAAUCGCUUUCGCCGCAUUCAACCCGCAAAAAGAUCGCCUUUAAGAUCCGCUUAUAAUAACCAGACGCGCUUGGCGGCCCAAUGACCCAAUCUAAAGGGGAAAGCCGAAUCGACAUAGACAUCCUGCUGGCGUCAACAGACGUAACGUCAACGUUCCGUGGAACGCGGGAACUGCAUAUUCUAUGCUUGCAUCGCCCGACAGCUUUGACUUUGAGAUCUUUGAGCAAAAAGAGGUCGCUAGUACCGUCACACUUGCGCGAUGUCACGUGCUGUGAGUACCGACACAUCUGCACCUACGACAUCUACACUCUCCAACAGUCCGAGCCCGGUGACCAUGUCGCAGGCGUCAGACGCCGGCGGGUCCGAAUCGCAGGACAGUUCCGGAUCCCAGGAUGCCACGCCAGGGCGCAACCUGCGCCACGCGUACCGCACUGUCAUUGACAGACAGGUGGAUGAGGAAGAGAAGCUUCCGGCCAAUGAUGCUCUGCUGACGGCAGAGGACCUCUUCGAUGACGUCACCCACGCACCAGAGGCCGUGCUGGACUCUGACAUCGUCAGCGCUGCGGCAUCCCGGGGACUUCAACAGGCCGCCUCGUUGCCAUUGAACCUGCGCAAGUUCGACCCGGAACAUUUCGCAGCACGGGUCCGCGACUUCGUGUCGGACACGUCCGACUCGCCGACUGGUCCGCUGACAGAGAAGGCGUGGGCGAAGCUUGGGAAGCUCGCCGAAGGAACCACGAAGACGAGCUAUCCCUUCUGGUACGUGUACGGCUCGGCAGACGAUGCACCGGUCAAGACGAAGCGGGCGCCGGUCGAACGCACGGUGGAAGACACUCCUGACAGGGCGCCGACCGUCCCUAAGCAGGUGAGCUCCGUGGAGCAGACAAACCAAGAGACAACAACAGGCCGUGUCGGUGUGAUCCACCAGCUUCUGAAGGACUUGUAUAAUCAGACUAGAGAGCCAAUACCAUAUUUUGAAUUUGUACUCCACCCGCAGUCAUUUGCCAAGACAUGUGAAAAUAUAUUUCACCUGUCGUUCCUAGUCAACGAGGGCCACGCCCGUAUAAAGCCCGAUGAGGUUUACCAGGUGGUGGUGGAGCCUGUGUUUGGAAACACUAGUGCUGAGCGUGAGGCCAACAAAAGUGGAGUGUUCUUGAUGACGAUGACCAUGAAGAAAUGGCAAGACGCUGUCAGGGCAUUGAAUCUCACAGAGCCUGCGAUUCCAGAUUAGUUGUAUUGAGCGUGUGUCCGUGUCCAGGAAUGGUGCCUGGUAGUUCAGAACUGAUCCUCUGUUGGCGUUCUUGAUUGCAUGGCUCACUGCAUUAAAGAGGAGAUGCUCCUCGAAGCAAUUUUUUUUUACUACUUGUAUUAGAAGAUUCAAAAUUCAGUCAAGUAUGGAGUUUUCUGUGCAUAUUUCAAAUAUGGCACUACUUUUUGUAUAGCUGUUAAUAGUUUUAGAGUUAUGUGAUGCACAGUGCCAAAAUAUAGUCAUGUUUAUGGGCACCUUUAUUAUGUAAUAAAUUUUCACAGAAAGCACCGUGCUGUAGCUUGUUUAGCUCUCUGUAGAUCGCAAAGUGCCGAUAUCUAGCCGAACAGUGUGUACAAUUACUGAAACUAUGCAAAAAAAUUAUAACAUUUAAAAAAAAUUUGUUUCUCAAUUCUCUGAAAUGUAACCAUGUACUUUCGCAACUUACCGCUCGGAGAUAUUGCAAUUUCAAGUAGAUAUACAUUUGCACUGUACAUAUCUUCAAGAGUAUGUAUGCCAAAUUUCGUUACUAUAAGGCAAUUGUAAGUGUACAAGGCUAUUUUCGUGUGAUAGUGAAAAAAAUUAGUUGAAGUGUCCUAGCUUUCUUUUUUUUUUUUUUUUAGUUCCAGUAAUUGUACACGCUCUUUGAAUAAAUAUCGGCAGUUUGUGGUCUACAAAGAGCUAAACAAGCUACAGCACAAAGUGUUUUGCAAAAAUUUAUUACACAAUAAAGUGCCCGCAAAAUAACUAUUUUGCCAUUGUAUAGGACUUGACUCAAGAACUGUAGCAGCUGCACAGAAACUAAUGACAUGCUUGAAAUCUGCUUAAAAUGCUCUAUAGGUGGUUGGAUUUUCAUAUCUCAAGUAAAAAUAUUAAAGAAAUGUUUCAGUUUUCACGUACGGGCCAUUUGUAAUCUUUGCGAUGCCGUGCCUGUCGGUGCCAGAAGCCAGGUGCCACGUGAGAAUACUGACGUGUAUUUCUCAUGCUUCUUUUUUACAAUUUUCACAAGCGUCUAGUGAAUGCUAGUAGUCUCGUUCUUGUUCGCAGCCUCAUUCCUGCAAGUUUACUUUGUUCUACCUCCCAGCUCAAGGAGCCCCAAAUGAUUUCCAAUUCAGUUCAGUCAUUGCUGUUUUAUAUUUACUUCAUAGUUCUGCAUAUAUUGUCCUCAUUUCAAAUAAAGUUAUAUGUGUUGUUUA